AUGGACUCUGACGCAGAGGCCUGCAACGCAGCCCGUUGCCUGCCAAGAAGGUAUCGUCCUGCACCUACUGGGGGACAGAUGGCGUCUGUGCUCCUCCGCCUCGACAGCGACCGGCCGAAAGGCUUGCGAGGGGGGUUGCACCGGUUUCAAGGUUCUCACCCGGAUUCUGUGGCGUUUGCAGCUCACGCUCGCCAAUCCGAGCUAUGCGAAACCGGUUGGAAUGUAUUUCUCGACUGGCUGCUUCAACAUCCUAUCAAACAAGCAGCAGUCGAUCGUUUUAGAAAACAUGAACCUCGCUGGCAACAUGAGGGGAGGGUGGACAGAGAAACAAUGACGACAAACUCCACGCUAGUCGUUACAUCCCAUCUCCAGACCAAUGUGGUCCUCGAGCGGCCUGCAUCCGUGACAGACCGUGGUUACACAUCUGCCGGCACGCACGACUGGCGCUAA